GCUCCCCAUUAUCAUUCAGGCCCCACAAGGGCUGAGCAGGCCCAGUGUAACUCCCAAGGUCACCCCUGCAGAUAAAGUCAGGAACAUAAACAGGAGGAAGGAACAUAAAUAAGAGGACAGCAACACACUCAACUAGAUGUCACAAGCCACCUGGCAGGAGGCAGCCUGAGGGGAGGCUCCACCCACAAGGGCCCAAGUCCUCCUGGCUUCCUUCCUAAUCAUUCUGCACUCUCCACCUUUCCUCCUGAGCCUGGUGGUCAGCAUCUCCCACAAUGCCUUGCUCUCUGGCCAGACUGUUCAAGUUUGAGUCCUGCCUCUUGUUUCUCAUUAGCUAUGUAAGUUUGGGCACAGGCCUCAACCUCUCUGUGCCUCUGGUCUGUAAAAUAGUGAUAAAAACAUUACCAGUCUCCCAGAAGGGCUGUGAGGACCAAUGAACGGACACACACAAAGCUCCUAAACAGCCGUGAUACAGUGGCCAUAAUGACCAAUGCACGUUUCUCUCCAUUUCGUCCUUGUGACAACUCAUGAUGUUAGGUAUUAUUGUUCCCAAUUUACAGGUGAAGAAACUGAGGCUCAGAAAGUCCAGACAGGGUUCUGCAUCUUUCUCCUGAUGUCCUGGAUAGGACAUGGCUGAGAUGGGUUAUAAUGUGGAGUCUCCAGUUCUCAGCUCAUGGUUGCUGGUCACACUCUAGGGCAGGGGGUGCAAGACUCAAGCCAAGUUGAAUUCUGACUUGGGCCUUCUCGGGGCUUCCGGGCACCUUUCUGUUUCUAGCUAGCUUGGGAGAGAGAGGAGCACGGCAGAGGAGGAAUUUUAUAGAGCCGUCUUGUUCACAGCUGUCCUUCAACACAUCACUCUGGUCCAGAGAGAGCCCACUAUUCCCAUUCUGGCUGGGGACCCUGGCUACCUGGGGUGACCUUCUGUGCUUGGACAAGUCACUUGCCCCGACCUCUAUCUCCCCAUCUAUACAAUGAGGGGGUGAGGCUGGACCGGGGGUUUCCAACUCCCAAAUGAAAUAUUAAGGAAGAUCACAUCUAAGAAUGAGUCUUUCAUUGAAACAGGGUCUGCGGACAAAUUCCCUUGGCCCCCAGGAGCCUCAGAACCCAGUUUAAAAAGGUCCAGCUUGUCUCUUAAAAGUUCUUCCGGCUGUGACACUGCAGGAUUCUAGCACCCCAAGCCCAAAGCUGCCGCCUCGCAUCCCUGUUUGGAAAGCUCUUCCUCAGAUGCCUUUAUCUCUCUUUGGUAACAGAGCAAAUUUGCUCAGGACCCAGUACAGGGGAACAAGCAGACUGUUGACUCUUGAGCAAAACCCCAGCCUUUGGAGAGCAGCAGCAGAGGCCGUGGGAUGUUCAUGGGGAGGCCAGUGGCCUCUUGCAUAACCCAGGAGGCCUCCUGCCCACCUAGGCCUUUUCAGGGUUAGGGGUGAGGCAAACCGCAAACUCAUGCCCAGUUAAUUUUUUAAGGCAAAAUCAACAGGCUCAGCAAUGAUUAGCAGGCAGACACAUCCCCGUCAGAAGGCGCCAGCCUCAACGCGCCCAACAGCCUGGUUGUCAGCGCCCUGUGCGCCAUCUGCGGGGACCGGGCCACGGGCAAACACUACGGUGCCUCGAGCUGUGACGGCUGCAAGGGCUUCUUCCGGAGGAGUGUGAGGAAGAACCACAUGUACUCCUGCAGAUUUAGCCGGCAGUGCGUGGUGGACAAAGACAAGAGGAACCAGUGCCGCUACUGCAGGCUCAAGAAGUGCUUCCGGGCUGGCAUGAAGAAGGAAGCUGUGCAAAAUGAACGGGACCGGAUCAGUACACGCAGAUCAAGCUAUGAGGACAGCAGCCUGCCCUCCAUCACUGCACUCCUGCAGGCGGAGGUCUUGUCCCAGCAGAUUAACUCCCCCAUUUCCGGGAUCAAUGGUGACAUUCGGGCGAAGAAGAUCGCCAGCAUUGCAGACGUGUGUGAGUCCAUGAAGGAGCAGCUGCUGGUGCUCGUUGAGUGGGCCAAGUACAUCCCUGCAUUCUGUGAGCUGCCCCUGGAUGACCAGGUGGCCCUGCUCAGAGCCCACGCCGGUGAGCACCUGCUACUUGGAGCCACCAAGCGAUCUAUGGUGUUCAAGGAUGUGCUGCUCCUAGGCAAUGACUACAUCGUCCCCCGGCACUGUCCGGAACUGGCAGAGAUGAGCCGGGUGUCCAUGCGUAUCCUUGACGAGCUGGUACUACCCUUCCAGGAGCUGCAGAUAGAUGACAAUGAGUACGCUUGUCUCAAAGCCAUCAUCUUCUUUGACCCAGAUGCCAAGGGGCUGAGCGACCCUGGUAAGAUCAAGCGGCUGCGCUCGCAGGUACAGGUAAGCUUGGAGGACUACAUCAACGACCGCCAGUACGACUCCCGCGGCCGCUUCGGGGAGCUCCUGCUGCUGCUGCCCACCCUGCAGAGCAUCACCUGGCAGAUGAUCGAGCAGAUCCAGUUCAUCAAGCUCUUUGGCAUGGCCAAGAUCGACAACCUGCUGCAGGAGAUGCUGCUGGGAGGGUCCUCCAGUGAUGCACCCCAUGCCCACCACCCCCUGCACCCUCACCUGAUGCAGGAACACAUGGGCACCAACGUCAUUGUUGCCAACACGAUGCCUGCUCACCUCAGCAAUGGACAGAUGUGUGAGUGGCCCCGACCCAGGGGGCAGGCAGCCACCCCUGAGACUCCACAGCCCUCACCACCAGGUGGCUCAGGAUCAGAGCCCUACAAGCUCCUGCCAGGAGCCAUUGCCACAAUCGUUAAGCCCUCUUCUGCCAUCCCCCAGCCAACCAUCACCAAGCAGGAAGUCAUCUAGCAAGCCGCUGGGGGUCAGGGGCUCUGCUGGCUCCCCCCAGCCCCUUCAGAGAGCACCUGGUGAUCACUUGGUCUCAGCAAAGGAAGGAGUGACACCAGGACCAGUCCCAGAGUGUUAAUAGAAAGGGCGAAGGGCCCAAGCACGUGGGCUGAGGGCCACAUCCCAUUGCCACCUUUGAUGCCCUGCUCUGGGAGAUACGGCUUUGACUUGGGGAGAUCUCAGCUGGAAAGUCCUCUGUUGCCUUGGACAAACUUAUGUUGAAGCCACUGCCUUCACCUUCAUCCAUAUGUACCCCCAAGAUCACCCCCGAAGGACAGCUGUCUAGAGAAAACACAGGGCCCUGCUUAAAUCCAGCUCCCUGUCCCUAGACUGGUGCUGCUUCUCUCCUAGUCCCAAUCAUGGUAUCCAUGCACAGAGCACCUCACUCCUCGCCCUUCUGCUGUCCCCACUGCCAACACCCCUCUCCCUCCGCUGUCACCCUCCUAGGCCAUCCUGUCUUCUUCAAAAGCCACCUCUCCAGAAGCUGGGGGAGGCUUGCAAACAAUCUCCCAAUCAUCCCCCACUGGGGCUGGGCAGAAUGCAGGAAACUUUAUUCCUCCCCCUUUUCUCAGGGACGUGGGUGGGUCUUCAGAAAUGGCCCCUUUAGGCUUUCAACCUAGAGAGCGAGCCAAGGUUGACAACCACAAUGGGAACUUGGAGGGAGGGCUGGCGUGGUCAGAGGAAGCAUCUGGGAAGAGGCAGAUUGUGCGCCAGGCCUUUGAGGAAGAGUGGGAUUCUGGCUGAUAGAGCAGGGGAGACAGGACGUUCCAAAGAACAGCCUGGACAAUGGCCUGGAGAGAGGAAGAAUGGCAUGGGAGAGAGAAGCACAGAGGGAGAGGGCCUGCAGGUAGGCAUGGGUCUGGAAUGCUGGGCUGAGGCCCUGAACUGGGGAAGGGUGCAGGGAGGCGAGCUUUCAGAGACAAAUACAGUGAGUGGAGCAGGGAGGUCAAGUGCGGUCGAUGACGUCAUGCAGGUGAGAGUGAUGUGGCUUGGAAAAGAUAAACCCUCAGAUUAGAGGGGCAUUAGGGAGGACCUACCCCCAGGGCCUGUCUCAAACUCUCCCUUACUCCCAGGCCCUAUCUUAAGGCAUUUGACCUGUGUCCUCUUAUUUUUAUCCUCCCUACUGUCUAGAGCAGUGGGUCUCGACCUUCCUCAUGCAGUUCCUCCUGUUGUGGUGACGCCCCCCACCAUAAAAUUAUUUUCGUUGCUACUUCAUAACUGUAAUUUUGCUACCGUUAUAAAUCGUAAAUAUCUGAUAUGCAGGAUGUUUUUAGGCGACCCCUGUGACAGGGUCGUUUGACCCCCAAAGGGAUUGCGACCCACAGGUUGAGAACCUCUGAUCUAGAGAUUGUUACAGAAGAUGAAGUUGAGUUCUAAGAGGUGAUGAGAUUUUUUUCUGACACUCGUGCAACUGAUAUGAGUGCCAAGUCAGGACUUGACCCUAGGCCUCCCCAGAUUAGGAGCUCGUAACCACAGUAGUUGAACAUCUUCUCCAAAAGGGCUCCUCUGUCCUCAUCGUGAUUGAACUAAGGGACUUCCUGACCCUUUCACCCACCUCAGAAAGGAAAGGCCCAUUGUUCCCAGGAGCCUGGCCAACUCUUGGGACUAAGAUUGGCCCAAGGCUGCACUAAAAUCCACUUAGGGUCCAGAAUCCCAUUUGCUGAUAAAUGUUAAGGAGAAUUCAUGAUUCUUGACCCUUUGUCUCUUUCGCUCCCCAAGUCUGGGGGGGGAGGUGGCAGGGGUCUGGUCAAGCCUGGGGGUGGAACAGUUUGAGAGUGGGGCAGGCUGUGAGGCCUACUCUGGGGAUUGACACUCAAGGUUCAUUGUGGACAUAUUAAACCCCAGGAUGGAGCAGCCAGCACCUCAUCCAUGCAGAAUCUUGGAAGCUUUGGGUAUAGUCUGGAAAAUGCCUUUGGCCAGUGGGAACAAAAGGGAUGUGUCCUUGGGAUGGAGGGAUGAGUAUGUAGGAGAGUGAACUAUUAGAUAGACUGACCACCUACCCUCCACCCAAGGCUGGCUCUUCUGAGCGGAUGGGAGCAGUAUCCCAGUGCCUAGAAAUUCCACCAUUGCUGAUUAUUUCUUUUUGCAAGAGUCACGGUAUGGACGCAUGGGCAGUGCAUCAGAGAGAAAGCUCCACAUCCUCAGCACUGUCAGGCUUGGCCCUCCCCAGUCCACCAAGCCAAGUUCCCAGUCCCAAGAGACACUGCUCCCUGCACAGAGCUCCCAAGCAUCCUUCAGCCACCUUACUCCAGGGCCCCAGAAUCCCUGCCAGCCACUGCAGAUACAGCAAGUCGUGGCAGCUGGGGUCUUUCCGGACACUGUGGUCAUCCUCAGUCUGUUCCUUCACCCCCAAGUGUGGCUCAGGCCUCUGUCAUGGGAGCUAUAUUGAAAUAAUAUCCCAUAGAAUGGAGUGGGGUACCGGUGGCCUUUAGUGGUAGCAAUCUUUUGCAGCAAAGGGUGGUCCUUUCCCCCAAUCCACCCUUCCUGGAGGAAAAAUCCGUCCUACUUUAAACAACUUUACUGCAAUUCAGGAAACAUGAAACAGAGAAAAGUUAACUUUUCUGAAUCGAAGCUUGACACAACAUCGGAAAAUCUUUUUCUCUUUUUAUCCCCCCUACCUGAGUUGUGGUCCUAAAACAAAAUCUGGUGGACCAAAACAGGGUCGCUAGGGGGCACGUGUGGGCACUAUAAUUCCUCCACCAACACAGGUCCUUCUUUGGGCAGCUCUCAGGAGCUUCUAGAAUCCCUAUGGCUCUCCUAGGAGUGGAUGGAGGAGGGAGAGAGUUGGAAAUGGAUGCUCUUCUAGUCCUGCAAUGACAAAUUCAACUGUCUCUGCCAAUUUUUCUGUGAUCCACCCUGAUUCAGAAGAAUUGUGAAAUUCUCAUCAAGCAAUUCGGGAAUUGGGCUGGGUCCCGUCAGAUGGGUCCCAGAUCCUCCGGUGGGUGUGAGUGUCAUUAGGUCCUGCGCUGACCUCCGAGAAUCCAUCACUGCCGCCCGAUGGGGCAAAGAACCAAAAACCAUUUCUUAUUCUUGUGUGUUUUAACGAAAGUUUAUAAAAACAAAAUAAAUGGCGGGUAUGUUUUCUAAGUA